AUGAUUAGUGUUCUUAGCUUCAAUGAUGGGAAUGGGAGAGAUCGCAGAGCUUUUCUAGGCUACGUAUGAUCGUGUACCCCAACAUCUAAUCUUCCCUGCGGCGCGCCAGACCCCGCGUUCUGCUACAGAGUGCGCCUGCGCCGCGUCCUUGGCAGCGUGGUUGCCAGGAAACUGCGGAAUCGCGGUGUCUGUCCGGGGACCAAAGCUUCACCAUGGCCAAAUUCGUGCUUGCGGGUAGAGCAGAUGACCCAUAUUAUGCUAAAGCUGAAAUCCUGGCAGACUAUUUACAAAAGAAUCUUCCUGAUUUUCAUGUAUUUAAAAUUACCCAACAUCCUGAUGUUUGGGAGGAGUGGCUGAGAGAUGUGUGUGAAAAGAAUAAAUGGAGCCACAGAAGUUCCCCCAUCAUCUGGAGGGAGCUGCUGGAUCGCGGAGGCAAGGGCUUACUUCUGGGAGGGUAUAAUGAGUUCCUGGAGCAUGCCCAGCUUUACUACGAUGUCACUUCUAGCAUGACAACUGAGCUGAUGAAGGCAAUUGCCCAGGAGAACCUGGAGGCUCAUAUACAAAAGGAGCUGGAGAAAGACUCCCUGAAAGACCUCAUUGACCCCUUGCAGGUCUGGAUCACCAGUGCGUCUGCCCCUGCCUGCUACAACCUCAUCCCCAUCCUGACCAGCGGGGAGGUGUUUGGAAUGCACACGGAAAUCAGCAUAGCUCUGUUUGACAACAAGCAGGCGGAAAAAACCCUCCAGAACCUCGCCCUGGACGUGCAGGACCUGGUGUCGCCGGUGCUGCGCAGCGUCUCCAUCUGCACCAGAGUGGAGGACGCCUUCCGCCAGGCCCACGUGGUCAUCAUCCUGGACGACCCCCGGACCAAGGAGGUGUACACGAUAGAGGAAUGCCUCCGGAGCAGGGUGCCUCUGUGCAGGCUCUACGGCUACCUGAUCGAGAAGAACGCUCGCGACUCGGUCCGAGUCAUCGUGGGAGGAAAAACCUUUGUCAACCUGAAAACGUUGUUGCUCAUGAGAUACGCCCCGAGCAUCGCGCACAAUAUUGUUGCCGUGGCACUGGGGGUGGAAGGGCAGGCCAGAGCGGCGCUGGCCAGGAAGAUGAAAACAUCCCCCUCAUACAUCAAAGAUGUGAUAAUUUGGGGUAAUAUUAGUGGAAAUUGCUACGUUGAUCUGAGAAAAGCCAAGAUUUACAAAUAUGAGAGUGCUGUUUGGGGACCUCCUCACUUUUCUCGCCCUGUGUUAAGCUUGGUUUUUGAUAGUGAAUGGGUAAACAGAGAAUUUGUGACAACUCUUAAAGAUUUGACUGCCACAGGAAAACAAUUUGGAGGCAUAUUAGCUGCACACAGUAUAGCCACUACGUUGAAAUACUGGUACCAUGGCUCACCGUAUGGGGAAAUCGUGUCCUUAGGAGUACUGAGUGAAGGCCAGUUUGGCAUUCCUGAAGGGAUCGUCUUUUCUAUGCCUGUGAAAUUUGAGAAUGGAACUUGGGUGGUUCUCACAGAUCUCAAAGAUAUCGAAAUAAGUGAACAAACAAUGGCCAGAAUGACAAGUGAUCUGAUGCAGGAGAAACUUGUUGCACUUGGAGAUUUGUUAUAUUUUCAGCCAUAUCAACCAGAACAUGAAAGGGCUGCCUUAACUACCACAGAUGACAAUGAGGAAAAUCAGGAAUAUGCAGAUGAUUUGGUUUCAGCAUAUAAAAAUGACCUUCCUGAUCUAACACACGAGGAAGGGAAAGAUCAAGUUAUGCCGGAUGUGGAUUAUUUAGAUCUGACUCCUAAAACCAACUCGGAAAACCCAUUCAGUCAAGAGCUCACAAAUGGGACCAGCAUGGCUGACUUCUAGAACCUGGCUCCCUGCUUUUAUGACCAGGAUUAUGACCAGGACAACCAAAUCCUUCCCUCAGAAUGGAAAGGAAAAGGACACAGAAGCAUCUGUGAGUCCAGAUUGUCAAAGUAUAUAACUGAGCUGUCCUGCUCCUUUAUGAACACCAAGUUGAUGUCGAUUUCUUUGUGAUUGACCAGCCAGGAUAUUCACUCAUGCCUCCAGACUAUUAUUUGAAUAUCCAAUGAAAUGAACAAAUCUAUUGCACCUUCCAUUCUGAGAAUGAAGAGUACAAUGGGCUCUGAGUGGGGCUGACUGUGGGGAAUUAGAAUCUGUGAACAGCGGAGAAGCAGGACCAGGAGAGGAAAUGGAAUUGACAGUAUAGCUGCAAACAAAAUUCAGACUGACAAGCAAAGGAGCCAAGAGAGACUGUACAUAGAAAUAGACUGAAGUCAGCAAAAAGGCCAGAAUUUAAUUUUCUUAUAUGAAAAUAUCUAAUGAUGGCCUACAGCUCAAUUUAACCUCAUAAGAACCCCCUCACACACACCUCCCUCAGUAGUUGGAUCAAAUUGAAUACAGAAAUCCAGAAAACAGAAGGGAAGGGGAACAAGAGAAAAGCUAAUAAAAACAAGUGUUACUAAUGUAUUUUUAAAAUUGUUACAUCUUUUCCUUUUUUUUCCUUUUUACAGACUUUGAAAACAUAUCUAUGGAACAGUAACAGAUCAAAUUAGACCAACUAUAAAAGUAACUGGCAUUGUAAUAAACAUAGGAAGACCCAUGAUGUCGGUACUUAGGAAAGAAUAAUAGAUUUACUUCAGUCUUAGAUAAUAUUAUGCCAGACAAUUAAAUAACAGUGAUAGCACACACACACACACACACACACACACACACGUCAGAGUUCAAUUAUUCUGUGUACCCACUCAUGUAGUUAUUAUCAAUUUCUCAUAAAUACUUUGGUGUCCAUUGUUAUUUUUUGAACUACA